GACCCAAAUAAAGACACAGAGUGGAAUGACAUUCUGCGCAAGAAAGGUAUCCUUCCUCCAAAGGAAAACGUGGAGGAACAGGAGCGUGCAAAGGAAGAGGAGCAGCUUGCCAUCCUUCAGAAAUCUCUUGUGAAAACUUAUGAGGACAUGACUCUGGAAGAGCUAGAAGAGAAUGAAGAUGAAUUUAAUGAGGAAGAUGAGAAAGCUAUUGAAAUGUACAGGCAGCAAAGGUUAGCAGAAAUGAAAGCAGCACAAAUGAAGAAUAAAUUUGGGGAAGUUUUGGAGAUUUCAGGAAAAGAUUAUGUUCAAGAGGUCACCAAAGCUGGAAAAGGUAUAUGGGUAGUCCUGCACCUCUACAAACAGGGAAUUCCACUCUGUGCCUUAAUAAACCAACAUAUGAGUGGGCUUGCAAGGAAGUUCAAAGACGUGAAAUUCAUCAAAGCUAUCUCUACCACCUGCAUUCCUAACUACCCUGAUAAGAACCUGCCUACGAUAUUUGUUUACCUGGAGGGAGACAUCAAAGCUCAGUUUAUUGGACCUUUGGUGUUUGGUGGCAUGAACUUGACAAGGGAUGAAUUGGAGUGGAAGAUUUCGGAAUCAGGCGCCAUCAAGACAGAUCUUGAGGAGAACCCCAGGAAGCAGAUCCAGGACCAGCUCAUGUCCUCAAUCAGGGCGUGUGUCCCAGCCAGGGGGGAGAGUGACUCAGAGGAUGACUAACUUCUGUGUCAGCACCAAGUUUGACACAGUACACUUGCAGCCAGUGUUCCCACCUAAAGUACUGGAGACGCUCAUCAAGAUCUUGCUGAAAGAGUAGUAUUUCAAGACAGCCAUUCAUCUAGAAACUUCUA